AUGGCAAAUGUAUUGGUCCUGACACUUGUCAGUGUGACGAUGGUUGGAGUGGACCACAGUGUACUGACUUUGACUGUAGCUUUGACAACAGAAGUGGUAACUGCUCUUUCAAUGGCAAUUGUACGGCACUAGGAGUUUGUGCUUGUAACUCUGGCUAUUGUGGAAAUGACUGUCAAUACCCAGUAAUAAAUGAGUGUGAUGGCAUUGCGAGCAACACUACCAUCAUGCCUCCCUGUGAUCAAAUCUGCAUUGAUACUUGUGAAUCCUAUCAAUGUGUCUGCUCAGCUGGUUAUAUCCUGAAUGAUGACAAAGUAACCUGUCAAGACAUUGAUGAGUGCAAUACAACUGUCUUUGCCAUUCGUCUCAACAACUGUGAACAUUUGUGUUUCAACACUCCAGGAUCCUACUACUGUACUUGCACAACAGGUUAUCAGCUUUCAGAUGACAAAGGCUCUUGCAUAAUCAAGACUGAUGGUAUCUCUCAAACCAUUCUAAUUGGAGCUAUUACUGGAGGUGUAGUUGGGCUGGUGUUAUUGUUCCUCGCAAUUGGAUUUGUAUACAGUCAACGCAGAAAGAAAAAACAGGGUAAAAUCAAGAUCACUGCACCUGCGAUCAAGAUGACUGCACCUGCUUCACGUACUACAAAUGAGUAUGUAGACAUAUAAAGACCCCGACAAUGUCGUGAUAUAAUGACAUACAUAAUGAGGGACAAAAGCGCAUGCAUACAAAACAUAGCACUUCACCUUUUAAUAUAAUGACUCGAUAUAACGACACUGAUAUAUGCACAAGAGUACAAAGACGCAUAGGAGACUAGAAAUCU